AUGGUCGAGCUGAGCUUCUUGGAGCACAUGAUCGUGGGGCGGUACCCGCAGCCCUCCUGGGCGAGAUGCUUCAUCAACGCCUUGGCGCACAACAAGGUCUUUCUCCACGACGCCUCUCGGCGCCAUAUCCCGUUCAUCAUGCUGCAGGCGAUCGGUGACUUCGCGCGGUCCAACGAACGCACGCUAGAAGGUCUGCGGGCUUAUGUCGACCGUGCCAACCAAGACAUGGACGCUUUUCCGGGCAUCACCAUCGAAAUAGUACUGGUUUUGCCUACAGACAAGUACUGCCGCGUGGCAUUCUUGGCCUUCAGACCGAGAUACAACGUCCCGCUCCCCGAGGAUGGGGAGGACGAAAGAGCCGAGAAGUGCCUCGCCCGGUUCGAGGCUGAAGUGUUUGUCUAG